AUGCUCUUUUCUUCUUUUUCGAUGGAGAAAUAUGCUAUCUUGGUUGAUGGAAAACCGACCGCCAAAUUUCUAAAGAAGCAACCAAAAGUCUUCCAACACAAGUCUCGCUACUACCCCGGCCACUGGGACCUCUACUUGAUUCAUCUCACGCACGGACUUGGCGACGAGUACGAAGACGAACGUGUUGCUUUUUUCGCCAAAGACUUCGAAAGCAAUCCCCAUCUGAACGAAAUCCUCCCCCAACUAAGAUUCAUCAUUCAACAAUGCUCGAUGUGUUCUGUCGCGGAGAGACAGCUGAGAAUGUUGCAACUGCUCCGGGGACUUCUUCUGAAUCCUUUCGUCGAUGUGGCGAGAUUAGAAGAUGAACUGAUAAAAAUGGCGCAGUUUAGCUUGAGAGAUACUGGACCAGAAAUGAUACCUGGAAAAGAGGGCCUCGAAAGCGCAGUUCAAGAAAGAGCUACGAGCUUUUAUAAUUUGAUGUUUAAACAUGGAAGUAUUUGUCAGGAAAAACUGAUUUCCAGUCUCCGGGACAUUCAUCCAAAAGAUGGAAGCAUGUUCAGCCUUCUCUCAUGCGGCGAGGCUUUCCUUCCAGCUGUGCGAAAAGGAAAGAGUAUUCUAGCUCGUGUUGCCUUCCUCCGCCGCAACAUUCAUUGUCUCACGGAAUUGAUUAUCAGGGACGAUGAGCCAGCAGCGAGCAUGAUGCUUGUCGAGCCCGUCGGUGUUUUUCCGACAUCUCUCGCAUCCCAGACGCUUCUUUUUUUCAGAAAAAUUCAUUGCAAGGACUUUGGCGACAGGAUAAGAAGGGACAGUAAUGGACAACCGAAAUCAAAGAAAAAGAGAAGAACGAAGAAUGUUCACGACUGGCUGUGGGGUUAA